AUGACCAUCGACCACACUUCACCAAGAAAUCCUCAAACAAUCAAAGUCAGCGACCGGAGCACAUGGCUUGAAGCGCUUAGGACCGACCGACCCGUUCUCAUCCACCUUAACGCAGACACGACGUGGCUCAUUCAAUUGCCGUACCCGCCUUCCAUCACUCCGCCCUCUGGUCGGAGACGAUUCAAUAUCCUUCUCGAUCCAUGGCUGCAGGGUCCACAAACCGACGUCGCGUCAUGGUUUUCGACGCAAUGGCACGUCGUUGAGCCUAGCGUGAAUACAAUGGAUCAGCUCAACUCGAUACUGGCGGGCCUUGAGGAGGGUGCGGAAGGGUCAAAGGUAACAAACAGCUCGUACGUUGAUUUGGUCGCCAUGUCACACGAGUUCACCGAUCACUGCCACCAGCCAACUCUUAAAGAGCUUCCCCCUUCAACUCCGGUUUUUGCUCCCGACAAGGCUGCCCGACUGAUCCGGUCAUGGAAGCACUUCAACACCGUGACCACUAUUCCGUACUUUUCAUCGGCGACCAAGGACUGGACAACUGACCUGAGCAUCGCGGGGUUGCCUUCUUGGGUUGGCAUCGGACGCGUCGUCACGAGUGGGAACGCUAUGUAUUUCCACUCCGCAAUCAUGGUCGCGUUCGAUCUCGGGAAUCCGGAAACGAUACUGUACUCUCCUCAUGGCAUCCAGGCAUCCGAUUUAGCAUGUGUUCGAGAGUCUGGUUUCUCUACAUUGGCAAUGCUGCACGGCCUCCACGACGUUCGUAUUUGGAUGACCAAGCAACUGAAUCUUGGGGCCAUGAAUGGAAUUCAAGCCGUUGGCGUAACUAACGCACGCUAUUGGGUUGCGACACAUGAUGAGCCGAAGAAGGGCACCGGCUUUAUAGCUCCUAUGCUUUUACGGACACAGUACACUUUGAGGGAAGCAGUUGAUGCAGAGGAAAUAAGGAUGCGAUGCAAAAUUCCGGAGUAUAAGUUUGUCGAACUAGGCUCCGGUGACGGUGUAUUGUUGCAAUAG